AGAAAUAUGGCGGCUUGCGUUAACUUGCUGCGGUGCUUAAAAUGUCAGAGUAGUUUUAAGAUGUCCUUUGCAGCAAAGUGUGCGCUCAGGAAUUUUACAGGUCAUCAUUUUGGCUCUGUUUCCAGAUUAGUACUUUUCUCAACAAGGCCCUUGUCAGCCUAUUGGCAUAAAUCAGAUGUACCAUUCAGGCCACUAUUACACAGAAAACCAAAGAACAGGUGUGAUUUUGCAAGCAAAGCUGACAGUGAGAUUGAGGAAAACCCAUUUGCCUAUAACCAUUUGCUGAUCAAGCUGGAAGGGUUGGACGAUGGUGUUCUGGACCAUUACUGCCAGUUUGUAACCAGUGCUUCCAAAAUGAUGAAACUUGAAGUGAAAAAAAAAUUCAACCUUGUAACAGAGACCUUUAGUCAAACACUGGCCUACCCAUUAGACAGCUACAAAAAAGAUGGCAUCACCUAUGAUUUUAAAAAACAUGGCCGCAUGAUUCAGGUUGCAGAGGUUCCAUUUGACAAGUUCGACUUCUUUGUUCAGUAUCUACAAGAUAAUGUUCCUCCUGGUGUCACAGUCCACAUGGAACUGAAAAAGUGGCAAGACUUUGUUUCACCACCUGACCCCCUUCUUCUGGAGCUGGAAAGAUUGGAGAGAGAAAAGAUUGAAGCACGGAAGGGCAAAACCCCACCAAAAUAAAUGAAACAUUCUCAAAUGAAGAGGCAGGUUGAAAACAAAGUCCUAGUUGUAAUGAAGUGACUUUGAAAGUCACUUCUUCUAUUCAGUCUCUUCAAGAUGGUCUCCAAGGAAUUUUACACAUAUGGGCACCUUUUGUGGAAACAAAUGAUAGUAUUCAAAAUAAGAGGAAAAUAAAGUAUCAUUACAAGUGAAUAAAAUCUCAUGGUAUCCUUGACAAUCUGGCCUGCACGAGUGUAGCUUUUCCUCAGCUGUAAGUUUGA